ACAGAGUGAGUGCGAUGGCUAUUGUCAGAGAGAAAGUGAAGAGGAGAGUGAUGGCAGCCAAGAAGACUAAGGCGAAAGUGAUGGGUUCUGGUAAUAACUGGAUCAGAGGGAUGGGAACCAAGAAGAGUAAGGCGGCGGAACUGAGCUUGGGUUCCGGGUUGAGAUGGGUCAGAGGAGACAAGAUCGGAGAGGGAGGCUUCGGCUCCGUUUUCGUUGCAUUUUCCAACGAGAUAGAUGUCAAACUUCUACACAUGCCUGUAUCCAUGGCGAUCAAGUCGGCAAAAGUGAAAGAUUCAGAUCCCAUCAAGUACGAGUUUGAGGUUUUUAAAGAGAUGGAUGGUGAAUCUUGCCGCUUCAUUAUCGAGCACUACGGAGAAGAGGUCACGAGCAGUAACAGAGGUGAACAAGUCUACAACUUGGCUAUGGAGAUUGCUUGGGGAAGCCUUGCAAGGUUGCUCGAGGUGCGUGGUUUUCGGGGGUUGGAGGAGUGCCACGUGAGGAGCUUCACGGGUGAUAUUCUUAAAGGAGUUCGGCACAUUCAUAACGCUGGGUUUGUACACUGUGACCUGAAACCAGACAACAUAUUGCUCGUGAAAUAUGUAUAUGAUGAUGAUGAAGAUAGGCCGGUUACUUUUACGGCCAAAGUGGGAGAUUUGGGGUUGGUUAAGAAAGAGGAAGUUGGGGAAAGAUGGAAAGGCACACCACCCUACCUGUCGCCGGAGACGGUCUCCGACAACAAGCAAAAAAAGCCUAGCGACAUAUGGGCAGUGGGUUUGAUUGUUCUAGAAUUGCUUACAGGGGAGCGGCCUCGGAGUCAUUUCUAUGAUGAUGAGAGCGAUACUCUCUACGUUCUUGACGGUUUCGAGCCUAAAAUUCCCGACACAAUAUCGAGUCUUGCUGGGGAGUUUAUCGGUUUUUGCCUACAAGAGGUACCGGAGCAUAGAUGGACUGUUGAAGAACUUCUCACCCAUCCAUUUGUGGCAGAUUUUAGGGAAUCUGAGUCUGACUAGUUUAAAAGUUAUUUAGAGUGUAAUUGAGUAUAGGAAUUCCAAUUGUAAGUCUGUCCUAGCUGUGGGAAACAAAGUGUAUAUAAGAACGUUUCCAUUCAAUCAUUUGCAGUAA